AUGGCCUCCAAAACCCUCUUCGAAGCAACGCCCCCCUUUCCAGAUGACUUGCAGCCCGUUGCUGAGAUUGCUACCAUCUCACUCGCCAAGCUAGUCGCAGACGAUGCAUCCGAAGCCCAGACAAUGCUCGAUGCAUGCCGUCACCUAGGAUUCUUCCUUCUAGAUCUGUCUAGGGAUACUGUCGGAGAGGAAAUGAUCAAGGAAGUCGACCAAGUCUUUGAAAUGGUGCGCGAAACCAUGGAUUUGAGCACGGAGGAGAAAGUCAAGUAUAGUAGUGAUCCCCCGAGGGAUUUCCGUGGGUACAAAGCCGAGGGAAUCAUGAAAACAGAAACCGGUGCUCCAGACCGUUGUGAAUUCUACAGUCUCCUGCAAGAUGAUAUUCUGGGUAACAGCACAGUAUCACCAGCUCUUCCCACUCCAGAACCUAUCAAUUCCCGCUCUGAGCUUCUGCGGUCAUAUUUCGAGCAUGGUCAUUAUGCCCUGAAGUACAUUUGCCGUGCACUAUCAACUCAGCUACAUCUUCCACCGGAGACAUUCUGGGACUUACAGGCACCCACACGGUCAUCGGGCACAAUGCUUCGCCUAAUCCGCUACGCACCCAGUCUCUCUCCAUCCGAUAUGAGAACGGGCCUGUUAUCCCACACAGAUUUUGGCAGUAUUACGCUCCUGGCCAACGUCACGGGCGGUCUGCAGGUACUCAAUCCCCAGUUUCAGCCCGAAGAUGAAGCCGGUUGGCAAUGGGUUCGUCCACGGCCCGGCUGUCUGAUUGUGAACAUGGGCGAUGCAAUGGUGCAGUGGACGGGAGGUAUUCUCAGAUCUAACAUGCAUCGCGUCAAAUAUGCCCCCGGCGAACAGCGUCUUGUGCCCCGGUAUAGUGCCGCGAUUCUGACUCGUCCGUACAAGGAAGCGGCUAUGCAGCGUCUUGCUGGUGGUCGGAUUCCGACGGUGGAAGACGAUGAGCGUGAAGGUUUGGUGAUUCAGGAUGAAGGUAUUAGCAGUCUGACUGCGUGGGAGUGGGAGCUUAAGAAGGCUAUGGCGUUGAAGGAAGGCAAGGAUUGUGCAAGGAGUAGGGGCGGUAGGGAGUUGAGGGCUAUGGAUGUUGCUUGA